AUGUCCACCACCUAUGACCAGAUAGAAAUAGAGGACAUGACGUUCCACCCGGAGCUGGAGAUGUUCACGUACCCGUGUCCAUGCGGGGACAGAUUUGAAAUCCUGCUCGAUGACAUGUUCGAUGGGAUUAAACUGGCCGUCUGUCCCAGCUGUUCGCUCAUGAUAGACGUCAUUUUUGAAGUGGAGGACCUCGCCGAAUACUACGAGCAGGCAGGGAUUGCUCUCCCAGAGGGCAUCGCCGCCUGA